CUGGCCUUGAAAUUAAGACCCAUCCGAUACGGUACCAGCAUGGUGAGAGCCCUCACAACAUGGCGUACGAAGAGGAAGAUGUGGAAUGGUGGGAGGUCCGUGCACCUGGCGGCCUCCCCUUGCGUGCCGGGCCCAGCCUCUCGGCGGAGGUGGUGGGAGAAGUGCUGCGACAGCAACGGAUCCAGGUGAGCGUCGCGAAGGUGAAAGGUUGGCUGAGGUUGGCGGCUGUGGAAACGUGGAUGACUUUUGGUCGACUUUUGGCCUUGCGAGGAAAGACAACAGCUUACGUGCCCAUGGAAGAUGAAGGUUUCCCUACAGUGGUGCCAAGCACAGCGCCCGGUGGAGACUGGGAUCAGUGGGCUGCCUUACUUCGUUGGUGGCCUUUGGGCGGGGUUCCUCCGCUGCUGCCUGCCACGUUGGGCGGAGCCUGUUUGUGCCACUGGCGCAAAAAUCCUCGUGAUGGAGAUGCCUCCAUCAAGGCGCACUGGCUGCGUCCUGGAGAAGAGUUGCAGUUCGUCGGACCCGCUGAUGCGAAGGCAGGGCACCUCUGUCGUUGGUUGCAGCAGGAUAUGGCCUUAGGACCGGAUCUGGAGGUGGUGCUGGUGCAGGACCAGUUGGCCCUUGAUGGCUGUUCUCGCCUGCUGGAUCACACUGACAUGAAAAGUGUCACAGGUCCCUUCUGCGCCCUGACCUUUGCGCGCCCGCGGCUGCUGGCGGCCGAGGAAGCGCCGUUGCUGCAGCUGGCGCGGGAGGAAGCGUGGUGCCUGAGGGACGGCUCCAAUCACGGCGCCGUGGUGAGAGCCGUGAAUCGAUGGAUCACAUCUGUCUACGACUGCCAGGCGUCUCAGCGUUUGUUGGCCUUCUUUGAGGAACUGAGCCAAGCGGUGCCAGCGGUUACCGUGGUGGCCGUGGUACCUGGACAUGUGCCGCUGAAGGAGGCCUGUAUCGAAGCCUUGGCAUUGACGGAUGAAGCAAGGAGCCGAGCUCGUUUGUUGCGAGGUCUUCGUCACGGACAGGCUCCAGAGUGGCUGCCAGCAGCAGAGCAAGUGCUGGAGUUGUUUUCGAGGCUUCAUCUUGUUCAUGCACAGCCCGUUUGUACCCAAAGACUGCAGUGUUGUCGUGGUCCUCAGUCGAGAGUGUCUGCGAUCAUUGGAGUGGAACAACACGGAGGCAACAAUACGGAGGCCAAGACGGAGACGGGGGCCAACACGGCCAACACCUGGGGCCAACACGGAGUGGAGGUGGACCCCCCGUACUCGGCGCCAUACAGACAUGCCUUGGAAUACAUCACUGUUUUGAGCGACAACGCGUUGCAUGUGACCAGGCUCUCCCCAAAGAUGGUGAUCGAUUCACGGCUUUUCCCAACCCUGGAUGUGCUGUCGUCCGGCCACAGGCGUCUUCACUGCUUCACGCUUGUAGGGGCGCAUGGUCCUUGCUUGCAACUUGACUAG